UCAUUUAUGAGUAUAAAAUUAAAGUUGGCACGCUCUAGAAUGCUUGCGCGUACAUCUGCUGAAUUGGAAGAUACUAAUGGCUUACCGGAAGGUCAGCAAAUUCCGGCUGAUACACCAGAAACUGCAGCAGAAUAUUUCAGAGGUUUUAAAACUCCAGGUGGCUUAACUGAUAGGGAGAUUCAAGCUAGAAAAAGGACAAUUGUGCUUCUACCUACUACGUUUAAAGGAAGUGAUGAGAUUUGCAACUGCUGUUUGAAUGGUUAUAGAGCCGGGCAAUCAAUCAUUUUUGCAAAAUGUGGCCACAAAUAUCAUCUAGACUGCUUUAAUGAUUUUGUAAAAAAUUGGAGAGCUUGCGCUCUCUGUAGGAAGGACAUGGCUACGGGUAAGAACUUAUAA